CGCUUUAUACUCUGCUUGCAAUCACCGAAGCCAGCUAUGCUGUGCCGUGAAUAUUUUUUGUUUAAUUCAAAAGCUCAUUCCAAUCAGGAGCAAACACCACUAUAACAUCCUUUCGACUCUCCUAUCUGUGCAAUCCCAUCGCUCGCAUCGUAGGAUCCACAGCAUCCUGUGCCUGCGCUACAUGUUGCAGCAUCUGCACCGGCAGGCACAACCUACAGAACACCUAGCACAGCUGCUUCCCGCAUCACCAGCGUUGAGAGGCUUGUCAUAUAAACUCUUGUUUGCAAGAUAAUGUAGGCUAUCGACUGCUGCGCGAUCACUUCGAUCGGCGGGUUCUGUAGACGAUACCUUUCUCCCCUUGCUGGAGCAUUGCUUCCGUUACUUGUAAAGGAAGCUGGAGAAUGGAGUCUCCAUGCAUCGUUCAAAUGAUGUGACUGCCCGGCAUCGUUCGUGAUCACUGUCGUUAAAGGAAACUGGUGUGAAGCUCAUCGAACCUGCAUUAUGGCUGGUAUUGGAGAGGACACUCCCAGCAACAUGACGAGUGAAAGUGAUGCAGCCGCUAGCCAGGCGGGCCAGAGCAAAUCAUUUGGGACUUGCUGUGACCAACAUGCUGUUGAGAGCCCUGCAAAUGCUUCACCACCAAUGAACCGCCGAGGCAGCGAUGCCUCACAGUGUCUUACAACCAACGGUGUGCGAGCACGUGGUGACGAUUCACUGGCGCCUAUUGGAUCAAACAGUGGCCAAGUGCUGUUCAACUGGCAAGCUUCGAAGAGCACCGUGCAGGAGCGGCUGUCUUUUCUAUUCAACAAGGAAAUCCUCAGUGACGUACGUUUCCUGGUUGGCCGGGGUGCGCAGCAGCAACGGUUGCCUGCUCACAAGUUUGUACUGUCCGUAGGAAGUGCCGUCUUUGACGCAAUGUUUAAUGGGGCCCUGGCGACAAAUUCGGAAGAGGUGGAGCUUCCUGAUGUGGAACCUGCUGCUUUCCUGGCCCUACUCAAGUUCCUGUACUCUGACCAAGUACAGAUUGGUGCUGAGACCGUCAUGACCACCCUCUACACAGCAAAGAAGUAUGCAGUGCCUGCUCUGGAGAAGGCUUGUGUUGACUUUCUACAGCGACAGCUGAGUAGUGACAACGCCUUUCUGCUCCUAGCACAAGCACGGCUAUUUGAUGAGCCUCAGCUGGCAGCACUCUGUCUCGACACUAUUGACAAGUGCACAGCAGAAGCCCUUGCAGCGGAAGGCUUUGUGGACAUUGACCGGGACACCCUGUGCGCUGUACUUGAGCGAGACACACUCCGUAUCCGGGAGGUGAAACUGUUUGCUGCUUCUGUGCGCUGGGCGGAGGCGGAGUGUGUGAGGACAGGACGUCCUGUCACUGCGGACAACAAGCGUGCUGCUCUGGGUCGGGCACUGUUUCUAGUGCGCUUCCCACUCAUGAGCAUCGAGGAGUUUGCACUAGGGCCAGCACAAAGUGGCUUGCUGACGGACAGGGAGCUGGUCUCCCUGUUUCUACACCUUACGGUGAACCCAAAACCACCUGUCAUGUUUCCGGACAGCCCUCGCUGCUGCAUCUUGGGCAAAGAACAGGUGGUGGCACGCUUUCAACAGACCGAGAGCCGUUGGGGCUACUCUGGAACAUCUGACCGUAUACGGUUUGCAGUGGACAGGAAGAUCUUUGUGCUCGGCUAUGGAUUAUAUGGGUCUAUUCAUGGCCCUUCGGACUAUGAUGUCAACAUUCAGCUCAUUCAGACAGGCUCUGGCCAAGUGCUUGGCUCACAUGAUACAAGCUUUAAUAGCGAUGGAUCACCAACCAGAUUUCGUGUGCUCUUCAAGAGCCCAGUGGAAGUGACUCCCAAUGUCAACUACACAGCUUGUGCCACACUCAAGGGACCAGACUCUCAUUAUGGAACAAAGGGCUUGCGCAAGGUAACGCUCGACUGCCCUCGUGGGAGCAAGGUUACGUUCCAGUUCACCUAUGCUGCUGGAAACAACAAUGGCACCUCUGUUGAAGAUGGCCAGAUUCCAGAGAUCAUCUUCUUCACAUAGUGCACCUGGCAGGAAUGGCAGUACUGUGCCGAUGCAUUUAAGACAGACUCCAAAGCAGCGUUGUAACUUAAUCUGUUCCUGAGGACUACAAUUGGGAAACUGUAUGGAUGCCUCAGUAUUACCUCGAGCCAAAGGUUGGUUGGCUCGAGGCAGAGUUGGUUGUGGUAGGGAUGAUCUGCAUAUGUAGGAUUGGAACUGCAUACCUUUGUCAAGUUAUGUGAGUGAGUCUAGAUUUUGAUUUUUUGUCACUGUUACCAUCAGUAGUCAUUAGUGCCCAUACCAUGGAAUGGCAUUGCUUUCCACCUCUCAAGAGUUGUGUGCAAGCAGUGUAGAGCAUCAAGCAGUGACAGAAGGCCUACUGUUAGGAGCGUGUGAAUGCUGGUUUUCGAAAGCGAAUCAAAUGGAAUAGUUAUGGUACUUAGUUGGAUAUAACUUAAUGUUUUUGCAUACUUUUCAAUUACGUUGAAAUAUUUUUCAGAUAGGGAACACAGUUGCACUGGUCUUUAAACUGAAAGACGUCAAAGCACCUUGACCCCCCUUUACUCGAUCUUAAGGUGGGCUUUGUUGGCUUUGAAAUCUACGAGGUUAUAGGUUAACUUGCUAUUUUAUAUGCUUGUUAAACACAAGUAAAGUUUCAGGUGUUUGACAGCAUGCAUUAAGAUAGGGAAUGUUUAAGAGAAUGAUGAAAAAGUUUUAAGCAGAGAUUUAGUUUUUGACUGCAACAUUACUUCAUUAGUGAUUCCUAAACAGCACUAUAUAAUUCUGAAUAUGAAUGAGGAGCAUCAGAAUACAAGGUUCUUUAACACAAAAUGCAUUUGCAUGUUCUCAUUAUUUUCAGCAACAUGAAAUAUAUGUGACCAUGUUUUUCUUUUUUUUUUCUUUUGAGAAGAUAAUGAAGUUAAUGGUAUUUAUUAUGUUUGAAUGUCGUUAAAUAUGUACACACCCCUAGCUCUGGGCAUAGUGGGACCUGUGGGAAAUAAGUGCUGGCAGGUGUUGCUGUGCAUGUAUAUAGAAAUGCUGUUUCACUCUGUGCAGUUGUAAUCACAUUGAUAUACAUGGAAUUGUUGAUGGAUGAACUCGGACAGUACUGCUGACCAAGCCAACUCAAAGGACUGUUGUGCUGCUAUGUGCUGUGGGUGAAUCUCUAAACGUGGUUUUGAAAAAUCUUGCCACAAUGUUAUUGUCAGGAGCACUACAACCUGGACAGUAGUGUGUUUGCUUUUAUUUAUUUGAGUUAUGUUUUGAAAUUUAAUUUCACAGACUGUACCCAACAACUCUGUGUGGAACAUGGCAUAUGGACCGGUGAGCAUUGUGCAGCAUUAUCACUCAGGCACAUGCUUCCCAGUGAAACUUUGUUACUCUACAUAUUUAUGUAUCAGUUGCUCACUUGUAUAUUUUUCAUCUAGUCUCCUGUACCUAUUGCAGGGCUUUCCCUUCUUUGUUCCUUAAAAAAAUAUUUUAAAAAAUCUGCAAUUGCAAGUUGCUUGUUUCCUGAAAUGUACAUUAUAUGCUUUAUCAAACUGA